AAUUGUUUUUCCGAGUUUCAUGAGGAGUACCCUGAACACACCACAGUCUAAGCGGCAGGCGGGCCAUUCUUCAGCUUCUCCUUCGCUUUUGGCACCAAUGUCGGAGGUGUUUGUUUGUGCCUGGAAGAAAUGGACUCUGGCAAUGCUCGAAUUUGAUCAUUCAGAGAUCCGAUCAGUUGAGUCUGUGAAUGGCGCCAAAACAGGACCCUAAACCUAAAUUUCAAGAAGGUGAAAGAGUCCUGUGCUUUCAUGGGCCAUUGCUUUAUGAGGCAAAGUGCGUGAAGAUCAACAUAAAGGAUAAACUGAUUAAAUACUUCAUUCAUUACAGCGGAUGGAACAAAAACUGGGAUGAAUGGGUUCCUGAAAGCAGAGUUCUCAAAUAUGUGGACAGCAACCUUGCGAAACAAAAAGAGCUUCAGAAGGCCAAUCAGGACCAUUAUGUUGAGGGAAAGAUGAGGGGUUUAGCACCAAGCAAGAAGAUUGCUGCUGUGCAGCAGAAAAAUGUUGAUUUGAAAGUGAAAAAGGCAAAGCAGAAGACCCCAGGGCCGGGUGAAGGCACCAGCAGCGGAGAAACGCCGCAGGGGCCGCGGAAGAAAAGGGCUCGGGUAGAUCCCACUGUGGAGAGUGAGGAGAUGUUCACCAACCGUGUAGAGGUGAAGGUAAAGAUCCCUGAAGAGCUGAAACCGUGGCUGGUGGACGACUGGGACCUCAUCACCCGACAGAAACAGUUAUUUCAUCUGCCUGCUAAGAAGAAUAUAGAGACCGUCUUGGAGGACUAUGCAAACUAUAAGAAAUCAAAAGCAAACUUGGACAAUAACAGGGAGUUUGCAGUAAAUGAAGUGGUAGCAGGGAUUCGGGAGUACUUCAAUGUCAUGCUAGGCACUCAGCUGCUGUACAAGUUUGAGAGGCCACAGUAUGCUGAGAUCAUGGCUGAACACCCAGACAUGCCGAUGUCUCAGGUGUACGGAGCGCCGCACUUGCUACGCCUUUUUGUUCGUAUUGGAGCCAUGCUGGCCUACACUCCACUGGACGAGAAGAGUCUGGCUUUGCUGCUUAGUUACCUCCAAGAUUUCCUCAAGUACCUGGUGAAGAACUCCUCCACCCUGUUGAGUGCCACUGAUUACGAGGUCGCGCCCCCAGAGUACCACCGCAAGGCGGUCUAAGAGCGCUCUGACCCCUCUCCCACAACAAACAACCAUUACUACCCGAGUGCAAACGUGGAUGAGACUUUUCACUUGAACAGAUAAACUUCCUUCACAAAAGGUUUUAGGAGCUUGUCACAGUUAUGAAGUAAAAAAAAUAAAAAUUAGGCUGACUCCUCUUUUCUCUCCCCUUUUCUUUUUAUUUCUCACUUCUUUGAAAAGACACAAAUGUAUUUUCCGUCGACAAGUUACUGUUUCCACAAGCAGCUGUUUGGUGUUUUUGUGCAUUCCACCUGAUAGAUAUUUGUUACUGUCGCAUGUUUGUAUUUAUUAGUGUUUCUUCUGCCACAUGAGGUGCAAUUUCUUGCUAGGCUACAUGGUCAGCACAUCAGCAGUUGAUGAUUUUGUAUCGGUAUCGUUUUUUUCUAUUUGUAUCAAUUUGUAAAAACAAAACAAAAACAUGUUUCUACACAAU